CACAUUUUCAAAUGAAGACCCUCCUCUUUUGAUAAGAUAUAAAAUUGACACUGAAACAGACACACGUUAUUUCAUUCUCCUCCUGAUCAAAGAUGGAUCUGCAAAUCUCAGUUUUUCUUCUCUUCAUUCUUUUUGCUGCAGGACACUCUCUCAGCUGUUAUGCGUGCAUAGGUCUGAAGGGUUCUUGUGCAGAUCAGGAGGUAACAACAUGUCCCAGUGGAUCUACUCAGUGCGUGAGUUCAACAACAGUGACACAAAUCGGUGACAUUGGUGCUAAAGUGAAAAUUAAAGGUUGUGUUCCUGCCUGUCAAAAUGGGUCCAUGAACUUAGGCAGUUCAAAGAUGACUUCUUCCUGUUGUGACACAGACCUGUGUAAUGUCCAAGAUGCUCCAGAUCCUCUCAGCACUACUGUCCCCAAUGGAAAGAAAUGUUUUUAUUGUGAUGGACAGAGCUGCUCAAACACAUUGAGCUGUUCAGGGACUGAAGACCGCUGCAUUAAAUCAACAGCAGUGACUUUGGAUGGCCAGUCAUUGCUUCAUAAAGGCUGCAUUUCUAAAUCCAUCUGUGAUGCUGCUGCUUUAGCAUUUAAUAAUCUUAACCUCGGGAGCGUCUCAUGUUGUGAGGGGAACCUGUGUAACGGUGCUCAGAGUGUCUCCCAGAGCUUCCUGUUCCUCUGCUGUUCUCUGCUCUCCUACUUCCUGCUGCACUGAAUCCAGCAGCUCCUCACAUCCUACAAUCAGACACAAGCUAUAUAUUCAGUACAGUGUGUUUUCUCUUAACUAUCCUUACUUAUUCAAUUGAUGAAAAAUCUCUCAAUAUAUUUUAGUUUAGUUUAUUUAUUUAUUUGAAAAGGGACCAUGUAUAAUGUUUCCAUUUCAUGCAUUGUAGCCCAAGGCAAAUUUUCAUCCGCAGUCAUCCAGCAAGUCAUUGCUUACAUAAAUAAUAAAAUAACACAAACAGUUCCAAAAAACAUACAUACACAUCCUACUGUACCAGGGGCAAAAAUAAAUAAAUAAAACAAAUAAAAAGUCAAUUAAACUUCAACCAUGUCAAUGUUUACAGAGUUGUGUAGAUUUUAAAAAAGAUUUAAGCUUCAAUUUAAAAAGACCAAUAGAUGUACAUCCUUUUACAGUAUAACCUAAGGAGUAGCAGCUUUCACUGAGAAAGACGAUAGUCCAAAAUCAGAAUGAUGAAAAGAAACAGCGCAAUCACUUAUGAAUGAUAAUCUAGAUCUCAGAGUUUUUAGAACCAUUAACCAAAUCUAAAAUGGUCAAAACCCAAAAAUGUAUGUUUCUCUAAGAUCCUACAAUGAUAAUAGUGAUUUGUUUUUUAUCUAAAAUUUUUAAAGUAGGCUAUGUUUAUAUUGGGAUUUAAGGAUUUAAUCAGUUUCACCAGCUUGACCCAACAUGACAAACAGUAUAAGAAGGGAUCGUAGCGAGCAUGAAAGACUUAGCCUAGCUACAUCAAUGGAGAGACAUUGUCUAAUUUGUCCAAAAGUUAUAUUUAAUAGUCCUCACCAUUUUCUUUACAUGUUUUUAAAACUAAGAUUUGAGUCCGAGAUAAUUGAACUUCACCAAAGUUUGCGUAACAAUUUCUAUCUUUUCACCAUUAAUAAAAAUAUCAACACUGGGAGAAUGAAAAUUUGUUUUAGAGAAGAACAUUCCUUUUGUUUUCCAAUGUUCAGUGUUACGUCCUGUGAUGUAAUUGUGUAUGUUUUGGAUGUUCACAUGUUGUUCUCUCCUCCCUCUCUUUCUCUCUCUCUGCCAAGCAGCGCUUCAAAUCAUCUGCAGCUGAUUCCAAUUAGUGGCAGCGUGGUUUACUUGUUACACAAUGUUAAAACGGAGCAGAGAGAAACAGCUCAAGAGAAGUCCCUUAUCUGCUAUCCCAGAGACGUUGUUGUUUUAUUUGCUAUUGAGCAAUUUGUGAAAUGUAAACCUGAAGUGUGGGUACAAGGACGUUACUGUUGAGAUUCUAAUUUAAAAAGAAAAACUUUGUGAUUAACUAUCAAAGGCUUUACGCAGGUCUAAAAAUAUAGCAACCACUAAUCUUCCUUUGUGAACUAAUUUACUCUGAAACCAAACUGCAUACAAUGUAAACCAAACUUGUCAGUUGUUUCGAAAACUAUCUUCUCCACAACAUUUAAGAGUACUGGCAGUAUGCUUAUAAUUAUUAACUUCAUCAAGAUCUCCAGAUUUAAAAAUAUUAGUAACACUGACUUGUUUCCAUGCACUUGGAAAGGUGAAAUGACAAAUUAAUGAAAUGAGUAAUGACAAUUUCUUUGUGAGCUAUUACAAACAUAGUGUCAAAUUGAUGAGCAUCUCUACGUUUAGAAUUUUUUAAUAAGUUAAUAAUUUUGUUGACUUGCAUUUCAUUAGUCAUGGUUAGAUUAAAACCUUUACCCACAUCAUCAAUCGGAAGAAUAUUUAUUUCCCUUCUUAAAAUUUUUCCCUUAAAUCAUGAACAGAAUUAAUAAUAAUAAUUAAAAAAAAAAAAAAAAAAACCUAAGCAAUGGCAUAAUUGUCUUCAUUUAGCUUUCCCUGAACUUUAAGCUUAAAAUCUCGUAUAAAAUUUGGUUCCUUCUGUAAAAGAGUAUUUAGGCCUACGUUUUUACAAAUUAUUGCCUUUUGCCUUGUUCAUUAGAUGAAGAUAGUAACUGGAAUUAGCUAAUCUUAGCUCUCGAAUAACUUUUUUUCUCAGAGUUAAUGCUGAAUCCCUAUUUUUCACCAGCUUCCAUAAAUUCUCAUUGAACCACGGUGAAUUAUUUUUAUGCUUGAUUUUUUCUGAACUCUAACAGUAAAUUUAUCUCUUACAGAAUUAAUCCUAUUAAAAAAUGUAUUACAACCAUAAUCUAUAUUCUUAUGACACGAUCACCAGCUGGUGUGCCCAGGAUAAACACCAGAGGGCACCAAAAAGUCCUCUCUGUUCUCCCAUAGGACAGGAAAUAGUUAUUUUUAAAGCGAUGUAAAAAAAAAAAAAAAAAUAUUUAAAAAAUAUUCACAUUAUCCACAAACUGUGUAAACAACAAAUGGAAGUAGUUACAGUACGUUGGAUUAAAAGACUUUCUUGUUUCAGACAAGCUCUCAUGGCACUAUAUGCAUCCUCUCACACAUGCACAAAUCCAUCCACAAAUACUGUAUAUGAAGAGCUCCUACAAAUGCAGUAUCAAAAGCACAACUAUGCAUGUUUCUUUGUAAACUGUAUUGUAACAACAUGACCAUACAAGGACUUACAAGAAGCAUCAUAUUCUUUUCCUACUAAGUGACACUGAGACAACCACAGACACACAUUGUACUCAAACACACAACCACAGAAACACAUUGUAUGCACAUACACCCACAUCCAGACCACAUUCAUGUCUGAUGUGACAAGCAACACAGCUCUUUUAUGGUCAUUUGUAUAAACAGUUUUUUUUUCUACUAAAUAUAACAGCCUUUUCAUCCAAAAUGUAAAACCAGAAAAAGUUUACAUUAUUUUCAAACAGAAUUAAAGUCUUCCUAUGGACUGGCAUGUACAGGCACAACAGGGCUAAAGUUCCUUAAGGGUUAAAGGCCUUUUGUUUUUUCCCAUAAAACACUAAACCUAUUUGUCACUAUUUGCACUAAAAGUAGUCCACAAAGUCACUGCAUGCAGCUACUAAGAAUCUCUGAAAUGACAUAUUGAGACAAAUGACUUUGAAUUCUAAGUUCUGUUUAAGUUUUGUUCAAGCUGAUCAUUUCAAUCAUUUUUUCAUCAAGUUCUGGUAGGUAAAAGGAUAGUAUUUGGGAUAAAACCCCCCUUGUUGCCCCGAUGUCGAAGCCAAAGACCAACGACACCCAAAACACCGUUAGAUUGGCAGAAGCUGAAGAUUUAUGCUUAUAUAAUCAAUACUGCACUAAAUGCAAAAUACGGCAGAUCUUAUGAAAUGGUAAAAAAUCAAUAAAUGAGAAAAUUAUUCACUUUCCUCUUAAAGGGAUAGUUCACCCAAAAAUGAAAAUUAUCCCAUGAUUUACUCACCCUCAAGCCAUACUAGGUGUAUAUGACUAUAUUCUUUCAGACGAACACAAUCGGAGUUAUAUUAAAAAAUAUCCUGGCUCUCAAGCUUUAUAAUGGUAGUGAAUGGGGCUUGAGAUUUUGAAGCUCAAAAAAAAAAAAAGUGCAUCCAUCCAUCAUUAAAGUAAUCCACAUGGCUUAAGGGGGUUAAUAAAGGACUUCUGAAGCGAAGUAAAAUAAGUAAAAUAUCCAAACUUUUGUAAGUAAAAUAUCCAAAUUUAAAACUUCAUAAACUGGCUUCCGGCAACACCUGUGUCUAGUUCUGGCGGAAGAGUGACCUCUGACCCGACGCAUGACGUGUUGACGAACACAGAAAGACAUGUUACUCUUGUAAUAAAUGUAAUAAAUUGAAAUAAAUAUAUUAAACUUGUCAGUUGCAAAUGGGCUCCAUUCCAAUGUUUUGUACUUAUUUUUGAAGCAAUGUAAAAUAAAAAUAAAAACACCUAUGAGACUUU